GAACUAUCCCCUCCAAGUCGUCACUCACGAGUUGUGAUUCCCGCGAUCCAGUGUGGCUGGGUUCAAAAACAAAAACCUAAAACCUCUUCCCUAAAAACUUAUCUCCGAAAAUGAAAGCUUAGAUUCAUAAGGGCGAUUAUUUUACUGCUCCAUGCAACUUCAUUCGGUUGCUUCCGAGGAUGCCCCAUUUAAUAAAUUCAAGGAAGCAGAUCAAGAGUAAAGUGAAAAUUGUUGCUUCAAUAAACAAAGGCAACACUAGGGAUGAAAUUAAAAUCCUAGACAACAGCAAACAGGUAAAGAAAUCAAAUGGAGAGGGGAAGAGUGAUCGAACAGGUUCUGAUGUUUUUUCAAGUAAAAAUUCAGGUCGAAAGGCUAGUAGAGUGAGGGAAAUCUCUUCAGGUUCGGAGAAACCAGUCAAGAAAUCAAAUGGUAAAGGGAGAAAUGAUGAAUCGAUUUCUGCUUCUUCCUCAAGUAAGCUUGGAGCUCAAAGGGUUGGUAUGGUGAAGAAAAUCCCUGAAGAGAAACAGGUAAAAAUUGCAAAUGGAAAUAGGAAAACAGAUGAGUCAGUGUGUUCUACUUAUACUGGACAGUUGGCAAGGGGAAAAGUAAGUAAAACAAGGGAUAUUUGUUAUGAUACUGAUAAUUACAAGGGAAAAAGUUCUAGAGAGAGAAAGUCUGCCAUUUCAAAGCCUAAACAUGCAGCUAACAGUGCUUCUUCCAAUGCAGAAGGCGAGAGCUCUGAAGCUUUAAAAUCACCUAUGAAGAAAACUCAGCCAUUGAAUAGGGCACAUUCAAAGUCCACGAGUAAAUUAUCAGAGUGGCACCCUGAUCAAAAGAUAGAUAUUGGGUCAUCACGUCUUGAUCGCAAAGGGUUGCAAGCUUCUAUUAACCUAGAAUCUGAUCGAGUGAAGAGAAAAUAUGACAAGUUCAGGCCACCAAAAAGAGAGAACUUAUUUAAAAGCUCUGAAUAUUCGAGUGAUAAAGGUGUUAGAAAGUCUUUUAACAAGAAGACUGCCAUUGAAUCAAAUUCAAAGGAAUUUGUGGAUCAUAGGCUUGUUUCCUCUAGGCCUUCUAGGAGGUCUGAUAAGCAAAACCAGCUAAGCAAUGGAGCUUUGAACAGUGUUGGUAAACUCAAACGCAAAAAAGGCUCAGAUGAUGAAUCAACUAUAAUUGAUGAUCAGCCAAAGAAAAGGAAAAGGGUCAUUCGUUUGGAUCCCAAUGAUAUCUCGAAUAAGCGUCUCGUUGAUGGCAAUGAGGAGCAUAAAGAUGAUGGGCUUUGUGCUAAAGUGCAGGAGAAGUCUAUGGAGAAAGAACUACAACUGUCACUGAAUGCACAGUUUCGUGCUAUACAACCAAGUCCAGACAUUAUUUCCUUUGUUGAAGAUAAUCUCCUGGGGCGUAGGCGUUUAAUUGAAUUGCGAAAUGCAGGCUACAAUAUUCAGUUGCCUGUUCCUUUAGAUAAUAUUCCUUUCUCUAACAAUCCAGAACGAGAGAAGAUUGAAGAAAAUGUGUUCAGGAGCAAGUUGACCUUUUUUGCCGCUGCAAAGGUUUCUUCCUCUUUUCCUCCUCCAGAAGUUUCAGAGAUCGCGUUUGCCGGAAGGUCAAAUGUUGGAAAGUCUUCAUUGAUGAAUGCACUCACUAGGCAGUGGGGUGUGGUUCGGACAUCAGAUAAACCUGGAUUAACACAGACUAUUAAUUUCUUCCAGCUUGGACCAAAGCCCUGCUUAGUUGAUUUACCUGGAUAUGGUUUCGCAUAUGCAAAGGAAGAAGUUAAAGAUGCUUGGGAGGAACUUGUAAAGGAGUAUGUGACCACACGAAUUAAUCUGAAGAGAGUUUGUCUGCUGAUUGAUACCAAGUGGGGUAUGAAACCAAGGGACCAGGAGCUCAUCAACUUGAUGGAGAAGUCACAAACUCAAUAUCAAAUCGUAUUAACUAAGACAGAUACCGUCUUCCCAGUUGAUGUGGCUCGUCGUGCGAUGCAAGUGCGGGAGGCCCUUAAGAAGAACAAGUCCAUUGUUCAGCCAGUGAUGAUGGUUAGUUCAAAGACUGGAGCUGGUAUCCGGAGUUUGAGAUCAGUACUUGCCAAGGUUCCUCGGUUUGUGAGGCUAUAACUGACUUAUUCCUAUGUAAGGCUUUGAUAAAGGAUCCCAUUUUCUCAUUUGUAUCUUUUGAUCCUUAGUAAUUGUUGAAAGCAUUAAAUGUAUAUUUUGGCAUAGAAUCAUGAGGUUCCUCCCUGUUUACAAGGUUCAUUCGGGAAGCAUAGGUUAAUGAUGAUUUGAAUGCAACAGAGUCUGAAUAUUUAUAUACUGUUUUCAAUACUAGUUCAAGAAGAUCAUUCUCAUCUUUCUUGAAGUUGUAGGGUUGGGGGAGAUUUUUGUUCUAAUGGAUUUGUUUCA